GGCAGGGAGCUGGCUAAUGAAAUGAUGCCCAGUAACACCAGAGGGCCCUGCUCUGCUUAUUGCUCCGGGAAGGAGACGGCUGCUGCUGUCUGCCUGCCUGCUCAGCACAUCGGGGGUUGAACUUCCCGGGUCAGACGCUGCUGCCGCCUCCAUUGUGAGCCGGGAGCCCGGGCCUGAGCAGCUGCCGCUGCCCAGCGGGGUGUGUGCGGGGAGAGCCCUUCCCUAGCGCCCCUCGGGGCCCAGCCGGGGGGACUUUCUGCGGGGGCUGGAACCAGCCCCUGGGGCAGCCCCGGGCUCUGCCGACACCAGCCCCUGAGCCGGAGCCUGCAGGCUGCAGAACCACGUCCGCGCUUUGCUCCAGAUCGUCCCCAUCUGCUGGGGGACGGGGAAGGGACAUGGCUGCAGCAAAUCCCGCUCAGGGGUCGGUGACCUUCGAGGAGAUGGCUGUGUAUUUCCCUGAGGGGCAGUGGGCUCUGCUGAAUCCAUGUCACCGAGUUCUUUACAGGGACCUCCUGGGGUUUCCUGUUCCCAAGCCGAGUGAGAUCUCCCGGCUGGACCGAGGGGAAGAGCUGUGGGGCCAGGAUCUCCAGGGCUCUGAAGAAAGGGGAAUCCUAAGAAACGGCCACACAGCAGGAGACAGGACGGGCAGUGAGAGCGAGGAGGAAAACUCUCAGCUGGAAGGUCCUGAGCUAGAGCAACCACACAGGAGGAUGUCGGGAAGAGCUGAAGGGAAUGUUUCCCAAAGCGCUGAGCAGGGAGAAGGCUGGGAGAAUCAGCACAGACUGGAGAGGCAGCUGGGAACCCAGCCAGGGAAAGGAUUGGAUGAAUCCUGUCACAGGCCCGUGGACACCAUCCACCAGAGAAUCCCCAAUGAAGAGAGACCCACCAUCUGUGAGGAAUGUGGCAGAAGCUUCAGUCGCAGCUCAAACCUGAUUGUCCAUCAGAGACUCCACGCCGGAGAGAAACCCUACAAAUGUCUGUACUGUGGGAAAAGCUUCAGCCGGAGCUCCCACCUGAUCACCCAUCAGAGACUGCACACGGGGGAGAAGCCCUACAAGUGCCCCAACUGCGGGAAAAGUUUCAGCGACAGCUCUACCCUCAUCACCCACCAGAGACUCCACACCGGAGAGAAACCCUACAAAUGCCCUGACUGCGGGAAAGGCUUCAACCAGAGCUCCAACCUCACUUCCCAUCAGAGAACCCACACAGGGGAGAGACCCUACAAGUGCCCCGAGUGCGGGAAAAGCUUCAGCGUCAGCUCCUACCUCAUCAGGCACCAGAAAAUUCACACAGGGGAGAGACCCUACAAAUGUGAGGAGUGUGAGAAGAGCUUCAGUCAGAGCUCUAGUCUUAUCAACCACCAGCGAGUGCACACCGGUGAGAAACCCUAUAAGUGCAUUGAUUGUAACAAAUGGUUCAGGAACAGCUCGGACCUGAUUAGACACCAGAGAACCCACACGGGAGAGAGACCAUAUCGGUGCCCCGACUGUGGGAAAAGCUUCAAUCGCAGCUCGAACCUCAUGACGCACCAGAGGAUCCACACGGGAGAGAAGCCCUACGAAUGCCCUGAGUGCAGGAGGAGUUUCACCGUGAGCUCAGCCCUGAUCAAACACCAGAGGACCCACCGGGAGGAGAAGACUUAUGACUGCCCUGACUGUGGGAAAAGCUUCAUUCGCUGCUCCAAUUUUCUUACGCAUCGGAGAAUCCACAUGGGGUAGAAACUGGCAUCCCCUGAUAUCCCUGCCCCUCCAUGCCAGCUCAGAAGGAGCCGCCUGGAGCCAGGGUCAGCCUGGCUGGCAGACUCCAGGGAGCUGCUGCUCAGUGGGGUCUGGGAAUCUGGUUUUGGGGCACAGAGGACUGGGGCAGAUGGUUAUCUCUAGGAAGGGAGGGAUUGUUUUGUUUUCGAUUUCAAACACUUUUAUAAACACAUUGCAGCAGGGAUGGAGGCAGCAGGAGACGCUAGAAAUCUGGAGUAGAAUUUUGCACAUUAUGAGGAUUUUGUAGAAUUUACCUUUCUUGUUUUGGAGAACCCGCUGGAACGUCACUGGUGUCUGGAGCUGAGAGGUGAGAACCGCCUAUUUAUCGCCAUAGACUGUUCGCUCUGAACCAUAAUGAUAGCAUAUUGCAUUCCAGUAUUGAUAAUACUUUCUCUUGCUCGUUGUGCUUCAUCAGUCUGGGUGGAUGGCCUAAUAAUUUGACAGAGUUCUUCAAAGGGAGAAAGAUGCACCUUCUGCAGGAGAGGUUGGUUUAUCUUCCUACUGUUUUUCAUUUGUUUGGAAUUCAUUGGAUUUCACGUUGCUUAGCUGACGUACAGAUGAGAAGCUUUUUAUUAAUCAGCUUUAGUACUCAAAACAGAAUAUGAAGAUGAACAGGGCAGAGUGCAUGAAGUUACAACCAAAAAUGUUAAGAUAGGGGGUUAACCCCCACUUACCAACAAGUAAUAAAUCAAACCACAAAGAUUUACCAGUCAAUAGGAAACGUACUCUAGCGUGGAGUGGGGGCUUUUACUACAACACUGAAUCCUUAGUACAGGGCUGGAUCAAUUUACCAGUCAAAAUUGAUGUCCCACUCAUGCAGCCUCAGCAGGCAGCACCAUGCCAGGCAGCUUUACCCUGCCUGUCCUUGUGAUGCUGAGGAUGCCUAGAAAGUAGUGGUUACACUAAUAAACAUGUCUGUGGGCUCUAUCGAUGUUCCAUUUGUACCAUGUGCCCGGGGAGGUUACACAAAUCAACCUGGCCGUGGAAAAGCAGACUCAUACUCAGAGAUUCAUUAAGUCUGAAAAACUGUGUGCUGAAUUAAUGGCAUUUGAAGCAUGCAUUUGGAUACAGACGCCCCUGGGAAAGUUUAUCUAUGCCCCGUUUCACCUGAUAAGUAACAAAGAAUUAAACAUACGUCUGCUCUGGCCCAGCAACAGAUCGGUCAUUCUAAGUGUUGGGAAGCGUGUCCCUGAGUUCAUAGAAGCCUGUAAAUGAUUUAAAUGUAUAUUGUGUUCUGUGUGGCAAUAGCCAGCUGUCACAGAGUCACAGGGUCUGGUCUGGCCCCAGCCUGUCAUCAGCCCCGUGGGAGUGACCUCUUUAAUGUGCCUAACCCAAGGACCCACACAGCUCCACAGAGGCAGGCCUGUGGCCUUCAUGACUCCCAGGCUGGGCCUUCGGCACCAGCAAUCCCUGUCUGUGGCUCCCCACAGAGAAUCCAGCCCAGCCAGAGUCCUGCAGGACACAGUGCUCUCAGUGAAUAUCUGCAGUGACACCAAGUGGCCCAUUCAACAGAAGGUGACAAUUCCUUAGUUACCUGGCUUAUAGAAUCUGAAAGUCCUUACAUUAGCACAGUGGGGCAAAGGUUAACACAUGGUCUGUGCUAGCUACACCAGUGCAACCAGCCAUCAUCUGUUUUGGUCUCUGUUUCUCCUCUCUGUGUCAUCCCAGGUGAGAGCUCCAGACUCUUUGCAAAAGCCAGGAGUUAUCCCAGUAUCCUGACACCAGUUCAACCCAUUGUUCUUGAGCUGGGGCCUUUGCUCUGCUUCUCUGCUGAGAGGUAGGGGGAAAACUCCUUCCUUUUGGUUUGAUUCCUGGGUCUGAAUGUCCUGGCAUUUAAAAAAGGGUCGGUUUCAGUCCAUCCUUUAAUGUCCCAGUCACUGCACCCCAGUAAGCUACAUGAUACAACAUCUCAUGUCUGCUGCUCUGCCACGAAAGCCGCAUUUUAACCCUUUUUCACCCACUGGGUGGCUAUGCAGAGUACAGAAGGAAACUGAGGCAUGCCCAAGAACCAUAACAAUAUUGCAGAAAAUUCCUGCUUGUCAUACCAGCCUCACCCUCUCUGUCUAGGAUUAAAAUUUAGUUAGUAAAUGUGACUUGGGGAUUUGUUAUACUAGCUCAGCAUAGAGCUACUUUGUCAGGAAGAUGUUUGCGCAUACCCCAAAGAGGAGCUGGUAGCCUGUAGGUGGACUGAUGGGCACUCACUGCAGCUCAGUCACAGGUGACGCUUUCUUGAAUUUGGGUAGUUUUAUAAAUCAUUGUUUUACCACUUGGUGAAAGUAGUAUAGGAGCUUCCCCAGUACACCAUGACUGGGAUUGCAGAGUAUUUAUGGUUACACCUUCCGGUGAAUUGCCAUAUAAAUAGCCCCGUGGUAACCAGUAUCAAAGUUACGUUAAUGUGAGAUAUCUCUGUGUGAAAGGAAGAGGCUUGGCUCUGAAUUGUCAUUGUCCCAAGACAGAUUUAAACUGAAUUGACACAUCAGUGACCAAGCAAUUGUUUAAAAGUUGCCUUUUAAGAAUGGCUCUUUGUUGAGCUGCCACUCACAGUCCCAUAACUUUGGGUUACAAAUUUUGACUGGUAAAUUGAUCCAGCCCUGUACUAAGGAUUCAGUGUUGUAGUAAAAGCCCCCACUCCACGCUAGAGUACGUUUCCUAUUAAUUGGUAAAUCUUUGUGGUUUGAUUUAUUACUUGUUGGUAAGUGGGGGUUAACUCCCUAUCUUAACAUUUUUGGUUGUAACUUCACGCACUCUGCCCUGUUCAUCUUCAUAUUCUGUUUUGAGUACUAAAGCUGAUUAAUAAAAAGCUUCUCAUCUGUACGUCAGCUAAGCAACGUGAAAUCCAAUGAAUUCCAAACAAAUGAAAAACAGUAGGAAGAUAAACCAACCUCUCCUGCAGAAGGUGCAUCUUUCUCCCUUUGAAGAACUCUGUCAAAUUAUUAGGCCAUCCACCCAGACUGAUGAAGCACAACGAGCAAGAGAAAGUAUUAUCAAUACUGGAAUGCAAUAUGCUAUCAUUAUGGUUCAGAGCGAACAGUCUAUGGCGAUAAAUAGGCAGUUCUCACCUCUCAGCUCCAGACACCAGUGACGUUCCAGUGGGUUCUCCAAAACAAGAAAGGUAAAUUCUACAAAAUCCUCAUAAUGUGCAAAAUUCUACUCCAGAUUUCUAGUGUCUCCUGCUGCCUCCAUCCCUGCAGCAAUGUCCAGUAUGUGACACAAUAUACUCAACAAGAAAUUCCCUCUGCCCCAGGGGAUAAUACUCUCAAGUGCGACUGGAGACAAGGAUACUGCCUGCAGGAGCAUCUUCCAGCAGCCACGGGGUUAACCCAGUAAUGCUGAGGGCUCUAGUUAUUGCUAAGGAGGGAAAGCUUCUUUCUCUCCUCAGUCAUUGGGGUCUUGUACAUUUCGAAGCCAGGCCCAUUAACUACACUAGUUCCAUUGUAGUUAGCUUGUUAUUUCACUUUUUGAGUAUAGGCAAUAAUCACAAAAAUAUAUUUUAAAAAAUCACUUCAGAGUCAAGUAAAUCUCUUGUAAAGUAAAUAAGUCAAGUCACUGUAAAUACUUUGAAGCUAAUUCUCUGGAAUCUAAAAUACCCAUGUGACUGAAGAUGCAACAAAAGCGAUACUACCAAGAGAUUCCAUUUUAAAGUUAAUCUGCUGCUUGUAUGAACUCGUGGUAAUGGUGGGCGAAAAGAAGAUCACAGUAAUUACAGUCACUGAGGUAUGAGAGAAUCCAAUUUGUCUACCUUGAAUUGGAAUAUGAUGGAAUCACUGAGGUUAGGCCUGGUCUACAUAGGAAAGUUUUCACGGUGUAUGUUUUUCUGCUCUAUCUGUACCAGUAUAACUACGGUGAAAGGAUGCAUCUAUACUGUUUUGUUUACUGUGGCUUAAGCUAGUUCCUUUAUGAAUCAUUGUGCUCGGAGGAAGAGGAUGAGAUCAAGCGGUUACUCUUACAUUCAGUUUUCCCACAGUGGUUUCAGUUGCUGGAGAACCUCUUCUGUUCAUGGCCCCCUAGCACUGAUGGGUGGGACAGGACAGUGCUGCAGAGCUGGGGUGAACAGCAGUGACCACAGAACUUCAGGCUGCAGAAGGCUACUUCCCUAGACAUCUGUGCGGAGCUCGCCACCAAGCUGCAGUGGUGGAAAACCAACCUGAGAGUCCCCCUCAGCGUGGAGCAGUAUGUGGCCAUCAGCAUCUGCAAGCUCCCAACUCCCGACAACUGCUGUUCAGUAGCUAGACAGUUUGGUGCCGGGAGAUCAAUUGCCGGGACUGUUGUCAUGUAGGUGUACACUGCUAUCAAGAGGGAGAUGCAGGGCUAGAACAUAACACUUGCCAAUGCACAGGAGGCUACUGAUGGCCUUGCAUAGCUGGGGUUCCCAAAUUGUACAGGAGCCCUUGAUCAAACCCAUCUGACGAUCCCACCCCCCUCACACCAGAUCAGAGUUUAUUGACAAGAAGGGGUAUUUUUCCAUGGUGCUGCGAGGCCUGAUUGAUUGCCAUGGGAUGGAGUGGACAGGACCAUGAUGCCAGGGUCUUCAGAAAUGCAGCUCUGUUUUCUGCAAAGAAAAAGAGAACUUCUGUUCCCAUGGCCAUUAUGGAUAUUGGUGGUAUUGUUCAUACAUUCCAAGGCCAGAAGGGACCACUGUGAUCAUGUAUAACACAAGCCAGAGACCUGCCCCCAAAUACUUCCUACAGCAGAGCUAUUAGAAAAAUAUCCAAUCUCAAUUUUAAAAUUGUCAGGGAUGGAGAAUACACCAUAACCCUUGGAAAAUUGUUCCUUUGGUUAAUUACUCUGUGUUAAAAAAUUUACAGUGUUUUGAUUCCUCCUGUCAUUCUGGGAGACCCAGCUUAUCCUCUGCUUCCCUGGCUUAUGAAUCAUUUUCCUGGAGACAAGGGCAGGAGAAAGGAUCUGUUUGACUGUACCCGGAAUAGCUGAAGAACGAUUGCGGAGAGGGUGGUUGGAAGACUUAAGGAAAGGAGGAGAUGCCUCCUGACAUGGCUGAAGGCUGCUGAACAGUAUCUGCCUUAUGUGAUAGGCACUUGCUCGGUUUGCACAACAUCUGAGAGAGCCAGGGGGAGAUCCUCACCAAUGGCUGGGAGGUGAAGAUGAUGGCACUUUCUGUACCUUAUUAACAGCCAGCCACAAGUGGUCAGGGACACGGGGUCAGGGAUGGGUUGUGGUAGGAAAUGAAUGUCCUGUAGCCAAGGAAAUGAAUGCAGGGUGUUUGUAUAAAGAUCUGAUUAAGAAUUGGUGUUACUGGGGGGAGCUGCAUUUCAGUGAAAGUUUUCAGUCGAUUUGUACAUAACAUUUAUGGAUUUAAUGUAAUCGUGAAAAGUGACAACCAAUGGAUGUGUGGCAGAACAUGCCCAAAGUGUUGAGCGUACACCCAUGGCUGUGCUGAUGGGCUCACAACAAAUGUGUAAGUGGGACCUGGUCUCCUUGUUUGGUGGGUGGAAUGGUGUGGGCAGGGCCUGUCAUUUGGGGAAACAAAAAGAGGCUCUCAGAAUCCUGUGUUCUCCACAAGUUGCAGGACAUAGCUGGGUAGGGUGCUGGCUGUGACCAUAGCACCACAGUGUUCUCCAGCAGAGCUGUUUGCCUCUAUCUGAAGGGUAUAGUCCAGCAUCCUUUCCUGCCUGUCCUCUCCUUUGUCCAGGAUCUCCCUUGGGAGCCUUUCUGUCUGCUGCAGAGACCUCCCUCUGCUCUUCUGUCUUCUUGGUAGGAUACAGUCACAAGGUCUGUGAACAUGUCCUCCCUUGCUCUCUUUUUUUUCCUUCAGAAGUGUGCCUGGGUUCUGGGGGGAAUCACCACCAGUGCCCUCACUUCCUGUUCCUGUGCCUCAGGGCUCAGUGUACUGAAGAGAGAUUGGCUGUAUGGUGCAAUCACCUCCUGUUUUGUGUCCUAGGGUACUUGGGUGCCUUCCAUGCUCAGCUCCAUACUGUUCUGAACCCCAUGAUAGGGUUUUAUGGUGGCGUCCAUUUCAAAAAUCUGUCCCUGCUCUUCAUAUAGGGCAGGCCCUGGGAGCAUGGGUGCAGGUCCCGUUCUCAUCCCUUGUGUUACCACAGCUCUGCUGAAGCUCCUUUGCCUUGGCACAGUGCUGGGCCAUGUCUCAGGACUGACCUGUCUCCUGCAAGGGCUCUGCCAGUUGAGAUGAGUAAAUAAGGGAUUUUUCAGUUUGAAAAUUUGACAGAAAGUUUGGUUUUGGGUUGAAUGGAAUGUUUUUGAAAUUUCUGGCAAAUUGAAACAUCAAAGUGUUUUUGAGCCGAGUCAAAAUGAAACAUUUUGUUUCGACGUGA